AUGAGCAGCUCCGCUACCAAGAUGGUCGACCAUGCCAAGCUCUCCGACUUCUUCUCCCGCCUUGCCUCUGGUAGCUCUAUCGAGUACCACUCCCUUGCGAAGGAGAUCGGGGUGGGGUCGAGAAAGAUGUCCUCAUUCAAGCCCUCGACACCUGUCGCAUCGUCCGUGGCGUCGGAACAUAUCCACCGACGCGUCGCUCCGCCCGCCCGCCCGACGCCCAAGACCGAUGCUGCUCGGUGCGAUGCAGCGCCGGCCAAAGCCACUCUGACGGACAAACAUCAGUUCACAUUCAAGCUUAUGAUUCACAGUCUCUAUACCAUUUCCGAGUUCGCGAUGAUGGUCACCGACGUCCUGACGGACUCACAAUCACGAUUCCAGCCAUUGCCACCGUCCAUGCGCGAGAGGAAGCCUUCCCUCUCGCCACUCUCACUCGAUACCGAGGCUGCGUUGCGUGCAUUGAAGAAGCGUCGCGUGGCCGCUGCCCAAAAGCAUGACACCGUUGCUACUUUCCUCGAGAGCCCGUCCCCCCAGACCCCGCCGUUGUCACCUACCGACUCUUUGUUCAGCGAAAACUCCUCCAUCUGCAGCCCAAUGACCCCGCGAAGCAACCGCAACGAUAUGGCGCUAGUAUCCCCCUCCGCGGCCUUUGAUGAAGAGGAGGUUCUCGACUACGUGCGCGGGCUGGUCGAAGAGCGACUGACCGCAAGCAAGCACGCUCUCACUGAUGAGGCAGAGAAGCAGUCGUCAUCGUCACUCGCAACAAGCACGCGAGCGAAAGCUGCUGGCGAAGGCGUACACGGGUUGCCUCCCCCUCUCAGGCCGAGCAUGAAGCGUCGCCUAUCCUUCGACUGA